GGAUAGACUUCAAGAUUAAAACUGUUGAAUUACAAGGAAAGAAGAUCAAGCUACAGAUAUGGGACACAGCAGGGCAGGAACGAUUUCACACCAUCACCACCUCCUAUUACAGAGGUGCCAUGGGGAUCAUGCUAGUAUAUGACAUCACCAAUGCCAAGAGCUUUGAAAACAUCAGCAAGUGGCUCAGAAACAUAGAUGAGGUGAGUAAUGUCUGUAAGAUCUGGAAUUGA